AUGCUGAUUAAAAACAGCUGUGCUCACUCCCAUGUGGGGCAGAUGCUCUUCCCUGCAGGAAGAAAUCUCAGAGACAGGACCUGCAGUAAGAGCAUGUCCCCUGGGAAGUUGGCAGUUAUUUUGGGGCUUGGAGUAGCUGCGGUGCUUAUCAUACAAAGUGGAGACCCGCUGGACUCCUGGUACCCGGUAUGGCGGGAAACAGGGCUGCUCGCACGGGCUGUGGUGUGCCUCAUCGCCGGGGCUUCCCUCUUCACCCUCGGCUGGCUGCACGGGUUCCUCUUCGGUCCCCUGGAGCUGCUGAGGGGGCCGGACGAUGUGGGAUACAUAGUCGAGAACGGUCGCUCGAAAGCCCAGGCUGCAAACGAGGUGCGCCGCAGGAGGAGAACCGGAGACCUGCCCCCGGUGUAUCCGAACGGCUGGUACCGGGUGCUGGACUCACACAUGCUGCGGAGGGGAGAGGUCAGGAGUGUCACGGUGCUAGGUGAGCAGGUGGCAGUGUUUCGGGGCCAGGAUGGCGAGGCCUACGUUGUCGAUGCCUACUGCCCUCACCUGGGGGCCAACCUGGCUGUGGGGGGGCAGGUGGUGGGGAACUGCAUCGAGUGCCCGUUUCAUGGAUGGCAGUUUCGGGGAACGGAUGGCAAGUGUGUGAAGAUCCCCUACGCAGAAAAAGUGCCAGAGUUUGCCAAGGUGCGCAUCUGGCCCAGCUGUGAGCUCAACGGGCAGGUUCUGGUUUGGUUUCACUGCGACGGAGAAGAUCCUCAGUGGCUGGUCCCAGAGCAGCAGGAAAUCACAACGGGCGAGUGGGUGUACCGGGGGAGAACUGAACACUUCAUCAACGCUCACAUACAAGAGAUUCCUGAAAAUGCAGCAGACAUCGCUCACCUCGGUCACCUUCACACGCCGGCCAUUGUCAGUGGAGUAGAUCUGCGAUACACCAACAGCAAAACCUGGGAAUUCGUGCGGCAUGACUGGAAGGUUCAAUGGGAGCCAGAGGCAGAGCCCAACAAGCAUUGUUCUCAGAUGUUGGUGAAACAUGCUCUUACUGUCUUUGGAAGCACCUGGCAUCUGCUGGAUGUCUGUGUUUUGGCCAGACAGGUGGGUCCAGGAGUGGUGUUUCUGCUGAUUGAACACAGUUUCUUGGGCCGGGGUGUUAUCCUGCAGUGUGUGACUCCAGUGGAGCCUCUGUUGCAGUUUGUCACUCACACCAUCUUCUACCAGUCAAACAUCCCUCCUCUGGUGCCCAAAUUCAUCCUCAAAGCGGAGUCCAUUCAGUUUGAGCGGGACGUAAUGAUCUGGAACAAUAAGAAGUACAUUUCCAAACCUCUCCUCGUGAAGGAGGACUCAGCCAUCCUGAAGCACAGGCGCUGGUUCAGUCAGUUCUACAGCGAGAACAGCCCGCGGCUGCAACACCAGCGCAACACUUUGGACUUUUGA